AAAAUAUUUUUAUUGGAGUAUAAUUGCUUUACAAUGGUGUGUUAGUUUCUGCUUUAUAACAAAGUGAAUCAGCUAUACAUGUACAUAUAUCCCCAUAUCUCCUCCCUCUUGUGUCUCCCUCCCAUCCUCCCUAUCCCAUCCCUCCAGGUGGUCACAAAGCACCGAGCUGAUCUCCCUGUGCUAUGCGGCUGCUUCCCACUAGCUAUCUAUUUUACGUUUGGUAGUGUAUAUAUGUCCAUGCCACUCUCUCACUUUGUCACAGCUUACCUUUCCCCCUCCCCAUAUCCUCAAGUCCAUUCUCUAGUAGGUCUGUGUCCUUAUUCCUGUCUUACUCCUAGGUUGUUCAUGACUUUUUUUUUUUUCUUAAUGGAAGUUUUGCUGAGUAUGGACCUACAAAUAAAGCCCAGUGAAGACUUGAUAAUAAAAUGAAUAUGCAUAAUGUCUGGCAUUUUUCACAGAACUAAAACAAGAAAAUUUUUUAAUUUGUAUGGAAACACAAAAGACCCAGAAAAACUAAAACCGUCUUGAGAAAGAAAAACGGAACUGGAGGAAUCAGAUUCCCUGACUUCAGACUAUACUACAAAGCUACAGUAAUCAAAACAGUAUGGUACUGGCACAAAAACAGACAUGUAGAUCAAUGAAACAGGAUAGAAAGCUCUGAAAUAAACUCACUCACAUAUGGUCAAUUAAUCUAUGACAAAGGAGGUAAGACUAUACAAUGGAGGAAAGACAGUCUCUUCAAUAAGUGUUGCUGGGAAAACUGGACAGCUACAUGUAAAAGAAUAACAUUAGAACAUUCUGUAACUACAUGUAGAAAAAUAAACCCAAAAUGGAUUAAAGACCUAAAUGUAAGAGCAGAUACUAUAGAAGUCCUAGAGGAAAACAUAGGCAGAACACUCUUUGACAUACAUUGCAGCAAUAUUUUUUUAGAUCUGUCUCCUAGAGUAAUGGAAAUAAAAACAAAAAUAAACAAAUGGGACCUAAUUAAAGUUAAAAGCUUUUGUACAGCAAAGGAAACAAGAAACAAAAAGAAGAGACAACCUAGGGACUGGGAGAAAAUACUUGCAAAUGAUGUUACCAACAAGGGAUUAAUUUUCAAAAUAUACAAACAGCUCAUACAGCUUAAUACAAACAAACAAACAAAAAAACCCAAUCAAAAAAAUGGGGAGAAAACCUUAAUAGGCUUUUCUGCAAAGAUGACAUGCAGAUGGCCAAACAGGCACAUGAAAAGAUGUUCAGUAUUGGUAAUUAUUGGAGAAAUGCAAAUCUAAACUACAAUGAGGUAUCACCUCACACCAGUCAGAAUGGCCAACAUCAAAAAGUCUACAAACAAUAAAUGCUGUGGAGAAAAAGGAACCCUCCCUCCUACAUGGUUGGUGGGAAUGUAAAUUGGUACAGCCACUAUGGAGAACAGUAUGGCUGUUCCUUAAAAAUAUAAAAAUAGAGCUACCAUAUGAUCCUGCAAUCCCACUCCUGGGCAUAUAUUCCGAGAAAACUCUAAUUCAAAAAGAUACAUGCCGGCCCUGGAAGGCAGAAGUGGAGCCAGUGGGUAGAAGGGACAGGGAGGCCGACUUUCCUCGCAUCCCUGUAAGGACAGCUUGUUCAGCGGCGAAGCCAUCCCACUGGCUGCAAGAAUUAGAGGUUCUGUGGGGAGUACCUCCGGCCAUGCCUGCAGGUGCCAACCCCCCUGUGCCCACGGUGCCGCCUGCCCUUCGACCCCAAGAAAGUGGACAAGGCCUCCCACGUGGAGAAGCAGCUUUCAUCCUACAAGGCACCCUGCAGGGCUGCAGUAAGAAGGUGACGCUGGCCAAGAUGAGGGUGCACGUUGCCUCCUUCCUGAAGGUCCAGGAGCAGAUGGCUAACUGUCCCAAGCUCGUCCCUGUGGUGCGCACAUCCCAGCCCAUCCCUAGCGCCGUCCCCAACAGGUCCACCUUCGCCUGCCCUUACUGUACCCGCAGCCUGGACCAGCAGAAGCUGGUAAAGCACUGCAUGGACAAGGACUACAGCGACCCCAACCGCGUGGUGUGUCCCAUCUGUUCGGCCAUGGCCUGGGGCGACCCAAGCUACCAGAGCGCCAACUUCCUGCAGCACCUGCUCCCCCGGCGCAAGUUCUCCUACGACACCUUCGUGGACUACAGCAUCGACAACGAGGCUGCCUUCCAGGCCUCCCUGGCCCUGUCUCUCUCCGAGAACUGAAGGCGCGGCCACUGGCCCAGGCCUCCCGCCUCAAGGGACAGGCCCCGCCAGCUCCUGCGGCCCAGGCCUGUCUGCGAAGGCGCGUUGAGGGCCAGGUGGAGCCUCACUGCUGCAGGAGGAGAGGCCACGUCCCCAUCGUCACCGGCUCUUCGGUGCUUCGGGCUGAGCAGGUGGCUUCGGGGGCCCGGCCACUGGGACGGAGUGUGGCCACUGUCUGUGUCUCAAAGCCAUGAUGUCCUCCCUGCAGAGAGGACCCUUCAGGCCCUGCCAUGUCCACAGGCCCCGGCACUGAGCAGGGAAGUGCAGAGGGGGCCCUGGCCCAGCACCUGGCAAUGCUUCCCCCUUGCGUGCUCGGUACUGGCUUUUGUGAUACACGAAGUUUCCACACUCUUCUAUGUUAUCUGAUGUGAUGACCUUUUCACAUUUUCUAGAGCAAAGACAGAGCAGUUACCCUUCAUAUUGCAAUAUCUGUGUUUGACUAGGAAUAAUAGUAUUUUUAUGGAACAUUUACAAAAUUAUAUUUUUAAAAAAAAAACAAUAAAAAACGAACUAUUGUGGGAUUGGUAGGGGGAGGAGAGGAGAGACAGGGCAAUCGCUGUGUGCGGGGACCGAGGUUGCCACGUCCCCAGGUCACCUUGCCGUUCCCCAGGGUCACUGUGAUAAUAACGGGAAGAAAUCCCAAUGCCUGGCCACUUGCAGUGGCUCUGUGUCUGCUCCUGGCCUCCCGCCUGGGUCUUGGCCCCGGCCCGGCUGUCACUGUUCCAAAGCUGACCACCUCCCACCCCUGACAGGGCCACCCCCAGCAGUGGCAGAGCGCAGGGGCCGGGGCAGUGACCAGGCAGUUCAGAAGAUGCUCAUCGGCACCCUCGUUUGGUUCAUGGCAUAAAUUAUUGCUGUCUUUAAAAACAAUUUAAAUAAAAUGUCUCAAAGCAUAAAAAAAAAAAAAUAUAUGCACCCCAAUAUUCAUUGCAGCACUAUUUACAAUAGCCAAGACAUGGAAGCAACUUAAAUGGCCAUCUACAGAUGAAUGGAUAAAGAAGAUGUGAUAUAUAUAUAUAUAUAUAUAUAUAUACACACACAAUGGAAUAUUACUCAGCAAUAAAAAAGAUGAAAUCAUGCCAUUUGCAGCAACAUGGAUGGAUCUAGAGAUUAUCAUACUAAGUGAAGUAAGUCAGAGAAAGACAAAUAUAAGAUACCACUUAUACGUGGAAUCUUAAAAACUGAUAAAAAUGAACUUAUUUACAAAACAGAAAUAGACUCACAGACAUAGGAAACCAACUUAUGGUUACCAGAGGGGAAAAGGUGAGAGGGAUAAAUUAAGAGUUUGGGGUUAACAUAUACAUACUACUAUGUAUAAAAUAGAAAAACAACCUACUGUAUAGCACAGACAACUAUACUCAAUGUCUUGUAAUAACCUAUAAUGAAAAGAAUCUGAAAAAGAAUAUGUGUGUGCGUGUGUGUGUGUGUGUGUGUGUGUAACUGAAUCACUUUGCUGUACACCUGAAGCUAGCACAACAUUGUAAAUUAACUAUACUCCAAUAAAAAAUGGAUAAGAAGUGAAUAUGCAUAAUGUCUUUAUGUUCUCCAAAGUCUUUCUCUCUGCAUGCUUUUUUAACUAAACAAGCAUUAAAAGGAGUU